UACCAGGGCGUGCAGCAGCUGUCCACUGGCAUGUCAACGGGAUCGUCAGCACAGUCCAUGCAGGGGUUCACUCCGUGCCUGCAGUGCGCCUUUUCACUCCUCUUCAUCAUCCAGGACCUGCAGCCCCGAAUAUGGCGGACCAGUACCAGUACAACGCCAACGAUGAAAAGAUCGUGAAGGACAGCAACACCAAGGAGAUCGAUCUUAUCAACCGUGACCCGAAGCAGAUCAAUGAGGACGUGGUGAAGGUGGAGUUCGAGGACGUCAUCGCGGAGCCAGAUGGCACACACAGCCUGGACGGCGUCUGGAAGCUCAGCUACACCACCUUCACCGUGUCCAAGUACUGGUGCUACCGCAUUCUGUCCGCCAUCUUCGGCAUCCCCGUGGCUCUCAUCUGGGGCUUCCUGUUUGCCUUAAUCUCCUUCUGCCACAUCUGGGCUGUGAUGCCCUGCAUCAAGAGCUGCCUGAUUGAGUCGCAGUGCGUCAGCCGCAUUUACUUGCUGUGCAUUCAGACCUUCUGCGAUCCUUUGUUCGAAGCCCUGGGCAAGAUCUUUGGCAGCGUACGCGUGGCACUGCGCAAGGAGGUCUAAAAACUCACACGACGCUGCUGGGAAAAGUGCGAUCAGACGAGGCCUGCUAUCUUUUUCUACACCACGUUGGCGACUAUAUUUUGUCUACCAUUCUCUCAUCCCAGAGAGGUCUGUUAGUAGGAUUUUGUACAAAAAAAAGGUAGCAUUAUUAGUAGAAAAUGUAUAAAUUUGCCCCGCCCCCUUUUUAUGGAGAGAUCUAUUAUCAUGAGAUUUAAAAAAAUAUUUUGCACAUAAAAUGACAGUUAUUAUCAGAAACAUUUAACCACUUUGGCACCUUUGCUGUACUCUGGGUGUUGUAAAGAGAUUCUUUUGUAGGAUUUUAUAAAAAACACACAACAAAGUACAGUUAUUAGCAGGAAAUGGAAUAUGUUGUUUUUGAGUUAUUGACUUUAAAGAAAAUCUUAUGAUAAAAAAUUUGCCCAAAAUAUAAAACUUAGCUUUUUCAUCAUGGAAGAUUUUCAGUACGGCUGUUGUUCAAUGAAAAUUUUGUCAGAGACAGUCAGCUUUCUUUUUAAGUAAAACGCUUCUAAGUGGACGGCAAUUUUUUGUGGAAUGCGUUAUUAUUUCAAAGUGCAUCUCUGCAGGCCGGUGACACACACACACACGCACACACACAAGUCUUUUUAACUGGAUGCCCAGUGUGCCUUCGCCACAGAAGCCCAGCGACAGCUGCAGGAGGCAACAUGCUUCUGUGGCAGCUCUGCCACUCUGGAAGGCCUUAUUGUUGAUUGGGAGGGCGCGGGAAGGGGGCCAUGUUCCCCCCGCCUCCUUCCACAACGUCAAUAAUUCAUAUGAGAUGGAGUGAAGUGCUCAUGGUUGUUGCGCUCACUGUCGACCUACGUGCAUGCAAGCGUGACACGUUUUCUGGAUGGAAAAACGUCUUUUACGAUGUCAUGUGUUAACCUUUGUUGACUUCAGCAAACUGUGAUUAAACUUGGUCGAUUGCAUCAUUAAGUGGAAAUUAAAUCAAAUGGAUAGUCCGUCAUAUUUCUUGAAAAUGAAUUUGUCAAACUCACCACCCCUUUAAUGAUUAAACACAAACGACAUGUAAA